AUGUUAUCAGAAAAUCGUUUACGGAAGCGUUUGAUCGUGUUCGUUGGACUUUUAAACGAUUCUGAUGGAACAUUACGAAUUCUGAUGUGGACAUCGUUCUUUGAUAGUGAUUUGGCGAAUAUUUUCGAGCAUGGAGGUGGACUGAACCAUUGUGAUUACAAAUGCAUAGCGACAAGCGAUCGAAGGUGCACGAUAUGA